AUGUCAACAUUUAAUGUGUGGUGGACAUCAUUAUACGCCCUCCUGCUCGUCCUUGUUCUCUUCCACUCUCAGCUCUGCUUUGCAGCUAGUGAUAACCCCGCCUGCGAUGCCGUACCGAACCCCAGCCGUUUGGACUGCCAUCCUGAGCCUAUGGCGACAGAAGCGGAGUGCCUCCGUCGUAACUGCUGUUGGAGUCUCGUUGACCGCGAUCGCACAAUUGCUUGCUACUUUCCAGCUAAUUACCCCACGUACAAACCUACUGGAAAAAUUACUAGAUCUGGUUGCGGCCUUUCUUUAUCCGCAAAAAGACUGCCUGGUGCUUACUCUGUGCCUCCAGACCCAAUAGAUGAAGUGAAUCUAAAUAUCGCCUUUGAAACAGAUACGCGUGUUCGAGUUCGCAUCACCGACUCUCAUGCAGAGCGUUGGGAACCGAAAUUAGAACUUGAUCCACCAGAUCCACUGUGUCCGAGAGAUAUGAAGUAUUCCGUAGCUGUGGAUAUCAAUCGAUUGGGUUUCAGUAUCUCGCGUGUAGAAGACCAAGGCAAGGAUGUGGUUCUCAUAGAUUCCACUAGGCUUAUGGCCAGCGCCUUCGUUUAUGCCAAUCAGUUUCUCCAAAUGGCUUUCAAAGUACGCGCCAUUCAUGGGUACGGAUUGGGAGAGAGGGAGGACUCAUUCCCCAUCGAUAUGCAUGAGUGGAAAAGGAUGGUGUUCUGGGCUAGGGAUGACAUACCUCGGCCAAAUGCCAAUCUCUACGGCGUUCAAAAUUUCUUUCUUGGAUUGUCUCCUGACGGCACGGCAUUUGGAAUGUUUUUCUUAAAUAGCAAUGCCAUGGAGGUGACGAAACAGCCUCUUCCAUCACUCACCUUCCGUACAACUGGCGGGAUUCUCGAUUUCUUCGUUUUCGUCGGUCCAACACCAAAUGAGGUAGUAGCUCAAUACUACCAGCUGAUUGGCCACCCACCGGUACCACCUUAUUGGGCUCUGGGCUUCCAGCUCUGUCGGUAUGGCUACACCGGAGUAGAGGAAAUUCGUGAAACCGUUGAAAGAAACCGCAAGGCGGGUAUCCCACAAGAUGUGCAGUGGUUAGAUAUUGAUUAUAUGGAUGGCUAUCGAGAUUGGACGCUGUCGAAAAAGGACGAAUUCAAGGGCUUGACACAGUUCUUUCACACCGAACUACGAGAAAAGUAUGGUCUUCGGACAGUGAUCAUCGUCGACGUAGGCAUUCCCACUCAGGCUGGCGAUGACUACGCACCAUACCAGAAGGGUUUAGCUUCUGGAGUCUUCAUCAACGAUAGUCGAACAGGGAAACCUCUUAGAGGACUGGUAUGGCCAGGUGAGACAGUGUAUCCUGAUUUCACUAAAAAUGAAACUCUUCAAUGGUGGUAUGAGUGUGCAAGAGACUUUCAAAAGCAGUUUCCAUACGAUGGUCUCUGGAUCGAUAUGAACGAGCCAUCCAAUUUUGUUGACGGAUCCAACCAAGGUUGCGACCACUCCAGUCGACUAGACUACCCUCCCUACACUCCACAGAUAUCCGGAGGCACUCUUUUCUUCCGAACUAUCUGCCCAUCAGCUCUUCACGCUAAUGGUGUUACACAUUACAAUCUCCACAAUUUGUACGCUCUCGAUGAGGCUAGAGCCACUCACAGAGCCUUGCAACGCAUCUUCCCAGGAAAACGGACUUUUAUACUUACUAGGUCCUCGUUUGCAGGAGCGGGGAGGUACACAGCGCACUGGUCUGGAGACAUCACUUCAACAUGGAGUGAGAUGGCUGCCUCAAUCCCUCAGAUGAUCAACUUUAACCUCUUCGGAAUGCCAUUCUUUGGAGCAGACAUCUGUGGUUUCGUGGACAACACCACUGAGGAGCUUUGCGUCCGGUGGAGUCAAUUAGGUGCAUUUUACCCCUUUUCACGAAACCACAACACCCUUGGUGCGCGACUUCAAGACCCCGCCGUUUGGUCCAUUCGAGCCCGAAAGGCGAUAGCUAAAGCACUCGAUAUGCGCUACCAAUUGUUGCCUUACCUGUACACCCUCCUUCAUGGGGCGAAAAAUCAUGGGAGAAUGGUGGCUAAGGCUCUAGCUUUUGACUACCCCAGUGAUCUGGCAACCCAUCACAACGCCAGACAAUUCCUCCUCGGUUCUUGUCUCAAUGUCGCCCCAGUUUUAGGCGAGGGAAUGGACUUCACACCUCUUUACCUACCCCAGGGAGAAUGGGUAGAGUUCUCAAGUUUGGAGCGCUAUCGUUCUCAGGGCAAAUUCUAUCCCGUUCCUGCACCUCUUGACAAGAUCCCAGUGUUCUACAAAGCUGGGUGUAUCUUACCAAUGCAUCCAUCCGGAGCAAUCAACACUCAGGAAGGUAGGAAGAUGGGUAUUGGUGUCACUGUAGUGCUAUUAAACGGAACGGCGUGUGGAGAAAUGGUGUGGGACGAUGGAGAGACAGAAGACGGCGAAGUGUUGAAUGUCACAUUCCGUGUCUCACAACAGAAACUGACAGCAAAAGCGAGUGUCAGCCAAGGAACCAGAGAGGGCCCAAUAGGACCGGUGCCCCUGGCAUUUGUUCGGAUAUUCGGCAUCACACGCAAGCCCUCAGCCGUCAGCAUCAAUGAUGCACAGAGCUCUUUCAACUUCGACUCCAAAACCGAACAGUUAAUCGUGACUAAAUCACCUCAGACCAUCGAUCUAAAAGAGUCGUGGAACCUUGUAUGGAGCUAG